AUGGACACGGUCAAGGCGCCGAAAGCGCUGCUCCACGAAGAUGCCAUGACCAAAAAGAUGGAGGGCGACGUCCACGUCCGGCGCGGCGACUAUGAGAAGGCGAUCAUUUGCUACAACAAGGCGUGUUUUAUUAGCCCCGACGACUAUACCCUCUACGCGGCACGCGGGUCGGCGUACGCCAAGCUCUGCGACUUCAAGUCGGCCAUUGGCAACUUUAAGAAGCUCCUCUCGCUCCAAAACAACCCGCCCCAAGCCAUCAAGGAAGAGAUCGCAGCUGUCUUCAACGCCCACGGCUACUCGUUCCUUCUCGACAAAGAGUACUCGACCGCGAUCGUCUAUCUGACGGAUGCAGUCGCGCUUGACGCGCUCCAGGCCAACUACUGGCUCCAUCGGUGCCUCGCGUACUUGGGCCUCGCCCUCUGGACGAAGGCGCUCAAGGACAUCGACCACGCGAUUUGCAUUGAUGCCAACGAUGCCGACAUCCUCGUGCUGCGCGCCAAGCUGCAUUGGAAGCUCGGGCUCAUUGAUAAGGGCAACACCGACAUUGCACGGGCCUUUAAACUCUGCCCCAACCACCCCGAGGUGCUGGAUUUUGAGCGGAAAAUGUGGCACCAGUCGCAGCAUUUACACGACAUGGCGUGCCGCCACAUUUUGGGCCGCGACUUCGCCAAGGCGCUCGACUGCCUCGACUCGUGCAUCAAAUUUAACGCCGAGGACCCGAAAGUGCUCAUCUUGCGCGCCUCUGUCUUUCGCGAGCUUCGGGACUACCGCGCCGCGCUCGCGGACGUUGAGCGCGCAUCCCGGUGCUUCUUUGGCAAGCAGCUUGGCGACGAGCUCGACCAACACAUGCGAACGGAAGAGCACCCCGAGAUUAGCCGGCAGCGCAACCUCAUUCUCAACGACAUGGCGGUCAUGCACAUCCAGGCCGGCGAGUUCGAAGCGGGUCUCACGGCCAUGAACCAGGCGAUCGCGUCCGAGACGAUAACGUCGUCUCGCUUUGAAGGCACGACGAUCGACUACCGGUACCACGUCAACCGCGGCGACUGCUACCGCGCACUCGGGAAGCUCCAAGCGGCGCUCGCCGACUACAACACGGCGCGGGAGCUCCAGCCGACGGACACGGAGAUCCACACACGCAUUGCAAUGAUCCGCUACCAAUUUGGGCUCGAGCUCUUCAACCGCGCCGCGUUCGAUAAGGCCGAGGUUGAGUUUUCGUCGGCGAUCCGACACAACCACAAGGUGCCUGCGUUCUUCAUUCGGCGCGGCGACUGCUUUCGGUACAUGGACCAGAGCCAGCUAGCGUUCCAAGACUACGUCGCGGCCCAGCGCUUGGCGCCAGACGACGCCGAAGCCAAGGUCAAAGUGUCUCAAUAUGCCCAAUUUCAUGCGAGCGACCACGUGGUCGCGCCACGUCACCACGCACAAACAACGACGACCCAGAAACCGACACGCGUCGAGCAAGCGUGGCGCGGCGCCGUCCAGAAGGACAAGGCACCGGAUCCAGCCGCUGCCGUCCAAGACGUUUGA